AGUUUCAUUAUAAGCUUUGGGAGGUUUCCGUCACUGGAGCAUCAGAUGACUAUCGUCUUUGCGUUCUCGGAGUACAGAAGUUCGUCGUUAGAGUGCAGGCACGUCGACAGGUGUUCCACUGAGUGGGCUCACCUCAGGCUGUACGUGACGCUGUCAGUGUGAGACUUACUUCACAGGUGUUUGGAAGUGCUCGUGGCCGACGUGGAUGUGAACUUUGGAAUGACAUUCCUAAAGAUACGGGGUGAUUGUAGAUAACAGAUAAAUAGAAUGAUUUGAUAUAACGCUUGAGUGCGAUAAAACAAAUUUUUAUCAGUAGUUGUAUCCUCAUCUUACGAUUCGUACGUGAAUUGCUGUGUAGUGUUUCCAACUCAACUGCAAGACCGUAAAUAUGCCGAUAUUCAAACAAAAAGGCAAAAAGGACUCCGUGAAAGGAGAUCCUCAAGAACAAUUGCCUCAAGUUACGAAGUCUCCAGAGAAACCAUCUAGUGUCCCUACUUCUCCACCCAAACUAGUUUUUCAUGUCCAACAAGCUCAAGGAAGUCCUACUGGCCUUAUUAGUGGAUUUACCAAUGUGAGGGAACUGUACCAUAAGAUUGCUGAAUGCUAUGACUUUCCUUCAGAUGAAGGUUUGAGCAAGUUGUGA